GUGGGUUCACAGCUGGCUGCACCUCGCAGCCCGCUGUACAGUCACAGAAAGCCUCCAAGCAUUGUUAAAUGACGAGUUAGAAAGUGGGCAUCAGAGGCCAGUGUUGACCGGCACUAUGAGUGCUCUGCGCGCCUUUUUGGCGUUUCUCGCCUUCACCUCUGCGGCAGCAAAACCCAACGCUGGUUUGAAAACGUGGGGUCGUUUCAGUAAGCUGCCCUAUCCAGGAGACGAGGCUUUCCUCUACGAUACCUUCCCAAAGGACUUCAUAUGGGCGGUGGGCACGGCGGCGUACCAGGUGGAGGGCGCGUUCGACAAGGACGGCAAGGGGCUCUCUAUUUGGGACACUUUUACGCGCGGUGGGAACCGGAUGACCACCGGGGACGUCGGCAGCGACAGUUAUCACAACAUCCACGCCGACAUCCGUGCCAUCAGGCAGCUGGGGGUCAGCCACUACAGGUUCUCCCUGUCCUGGUCCAGGAUAUUUCCCAACGGCACCCGCGGGAGUUACAACGAAAUCGGCACCAACUACUACCGCACACUGAUCAAGAGGCUGAAGGAGAUCCGCGUGCAGCCGGUGAUUACGCUCUCCCACUGGGACCUGCCCGACCACCUGCAGCAGACCUUUGGCGGCUGGAGCAACCCGGAGCUGGUGGGGAUUUUCAAGGACUACGCUGAUUUCUGCUUCCAGACUUUCGGGAAUGAUGUGAAGUACUGGAUCACCAUUGAUAAUCCGUUUGUGGUGGCGUGGCACGGGUACGGCACCGGAGUGGUCGCUCCCGGGAUCAAGAACGACCCUGAUCUCCCAUUCCGGGUUGGACACAUUCUCCUAAAGGCUCAUGCAGCUGCGUGGCAUCUCUAUAACCGCCACUACCGACCCCGUCAGCAGGGCAAGGUGUCCAUGGCGCUGGCCUCUCACUGGAUCAAGCCCAGUCGCACCCGCUUGGAAAGCCUGCGAGAGUGCCAGUGCUCCCUGGACCACGUCCUGGGCUGGUUCGCCCGGCCCCUGUUCACAGACGGAGACUACCCUCCCUGCAUGAAGGCGAGGCUGGGCUCACGGCUGCCCUCCUUCACCCCGGAGGAGAGGGCGCAGGUGAGGGGGACGGCUGACUUCUUUGCCCUCUCUCACGGAGCGGCCCUGAGCUUCCAGCUCAUCAAUGACAGCCUGAAGUUUAGGCAGCAGGAGCUGCUGGACCUGAGGAUGCUGCUCUACUGGGUCAACGCUGAGUACGACAAGCCGCCCAUCUUCGUGGUGCAGAGUGGCUGGUACGUCCUCGGCAAUACCAAGACAGAAGACCCAAAACACAUGUACUACCUCAAGAGGUUCAUCGCAGAGGCACUGAAAUCAAUCGUCAUAGACGGCGUGAACGUGAUUGGAUACACCGCCUGGUCUCUGAUGGACGGCUUCGAGUGGCACAGGGAAUACGGGAUACGACAGGGACUUUACUAUGUUGACUUCAACACUCCUGACAUGAAGAGGGAGCCAAAGACAUCUGCCACCUUUUACAGAAACGUCAUCCAGAAGAACGGAUUUCCAGAGCUUCCAGAGAACAGACCAGCACAGGGAAUCUUCCCGUGUGAUUUUGCUUGGGGAGUAUCGGCCAACUCCAUACAGGUGGAGACCACGCCCAGCCAGUUUGCAGACCCCAGUGUUUACUUGUGGAACAUCUCCAACAACGGGGAGCUGAUGAGGCUGGAGGGCCUCAGUGCGCCACCUUUACGUCGAAACGCACACUGUGCUGAUUACGCCACCAUUCGGCAACAGGUGGAUGAAAUCCGGCAGGUGGGGGUAAACCACUUCCACUUCUCCCUCAACUGGUCCGCUGUGGUGCCUACAGGUGAAGUGGCUCAUCCCAACACCACCCUGCUGGGCUACUACCGCUGCUUCACCCGUCAGCUGCUGCAGGCCAAUGUCACUCCUGUGGUUACGCUGUGGCACCACACACGCCUGCGCAGCAGCCUGCCGGCACCCCUGGAUACCGCCAACAAGUGGCUGAACAGGAAGACUCCAGAGGCGUUUGCAGACUACGCCAGGCUUUGUUACAGAGAGCUGGGCGCCCAUGUGAAGAUAUGGAUCACCCUGAAUGAACCCAAUGAUGAGGUGGUGAGCUACCAGGAGGGUCAUCAGAUGCUGCGGGCGCAUGCUCUGGCCUGGCAUGUUUAUGACCGCGAGUUCAGACACGCACAGGGAGGAAAGGUGUCUCUGGCUCUGCACAUGGACUGGGUGGAGCCGGCGUUUUCAUUCAGCCGCGAAGACGUCGAACCAGCCAAAAGGGUGUUAGACUUCCGUGUUGGCUGGUUUGCAGAGCCGAUCUUUGGCAGCGGGGACUAUCCUCAGGGCAUGAGGAGCUGGCUGCGUCAGCUCAACUCACUUGACCUGCCUGUGUUCAAUGAGGAGGACAGACAGCUGGUUAAAGGGACGUAUGACUUCUUUGCCAUCAGUCACUUCAGUACCAAAUUGGUGACACACGCCAAGGAAGACUCGUACACCUACACAGCCAUGCUCGAGGUCCAGCACAUGAUAGACACCACUUGGAUCAAGUCCCCGAGGCCUGUUGUGCCCUGGGGUCUGAGGAAAGCACUCAACUGGGUGAGGGAGCACUACAGUGACGUACCUGUGUAUGUGAUGGCUAAUGGGGUCCAGGAAGACCCAGCGCGCUUCAAAGACAGCCUCAGAGUCUACUACCUGUAUAACUACAUCAACGAGGCGCUGAAAGCGUACAUUCUGGACGGUGUAAACCUGAAGGGUUACUUCGCUUACGCCCUGAGUGACCAAAGGGACCCUGGGUUCGGCCUGUACGGCCACGUCCAUGAAGAGGUCAUCAUCAUCAAGGCCUCUCUCUCCAACUAUCGCAACAUUAUCGAGCACAACGGCUUCCCCAUUCAGGGAGCAGAACCCCAGCAGUGUCCCAGCAUGCCUCAGCCCUGCCUUGGCUGCCAUGUGCUGGUCAAGAGGCCUGUGGUGGGCUUCUUGACUCUGGUAGGUUCAGGGGUGUUGAUCACCCUGGGCCUCAUUAUCUACUACACAGCCAAGAGACACAAGGAGUGUUACUGAGGUUUUUUCUUUUUAUAAAUGAAUCAAGGAAAAAAUAACUGAGCUUGUUGGGCCUCAUUCACCAAGAUCUUCCUAAGUUUGUUCUUAAAUUUGUUCUUGAGAAAGGUCCUAAGAAAAGGCAGUGUCCGAUUCAUGACAUGUUCUUAAACCACAGAACUGUGGGCUGCAGGGCUGUCUGUGCACACAGAAAGUGGAAAGAAAAGUUGAGAACAUUAAGUCAUGAAUGCCCAAAGGAAAAUCUAGAGAGGGUGGAGCACUGGACUCCAAACAUAAAACAAAACUAUUAAAAUAGUUCUGAGGUGUUGGUCCUUCUGCAGGAAGUGAACGCCAAAUGAGCUGUCAUAUUUCCUGUUAAAGUCUUUAUCAGCAGUGGAUUUGAAAUAACACAAAAUGCUUUUACUCGUUCAGUGAACACUGUAUCUGGAGAUGGCGGUACAACUGAUGAGAUUUAGAAGAUUAUUGCUAAACACAGAAGAAAGAUGCUGACCAUUGGAGGCUGACAGGUUUGCCCUCGUACCUCCCUACAAAUAGAUUAACAUGGUCCCGGAGAAUGUGUUACCUCCUUAUGGCACGAUAUGCAUCAUCUUGCAGCAGCAGUAACUAUGAGGGAUAAGUGAGUACACCAUUAUCUGUAUCUGUUUAACCUACUAGAUUAUCUGUAUCUGUACUUGGAAUGGGCAGGGCUAUGGCAGAAGUGGGAAUGGUUUAAAUCGAACAUGGGUUGGGCCUAAUCAGAAAUCAUUAUUUUAUGCCUGAAAGUUAUAUGGAUUAACCACAAGUUACAAUAUUCCUUAAAUAGAUUUAAGUUAAUGAAUUAAACACAUCUACCAAAUGGAGGGUUUUCCAUUUUCAUGAGUGCAGAUAGACACAUUUCACUCGUAUGAUACUCACACCCGUGUUUAUUUGAAUUAAAAGCCAAAGCUUUGUAAAAUAAUUAAGAAAUUAUAGAAAUAUUAGUUUAAAUGAUAAAAAGUCAUUUCAAUUUUAUGAUAUUAUACAACUGUGGAAUUGAAGAAAACACAAUAAGCACUUAUUUUGCACAAACAUACCUCAAAUAUGCACAAGUGUGCUCAUGAGUGUGUGUAGAUUCUGUUCUUACCUCAUAACAAAUCCCAAAUAAAAAAAAAAUUCCUGUGUUCAGAAUCUAAAUGAAAACUGUACAAGUGGGUUUUAAGAAGAGAUUUCCUUAUAAGAACGGCUGGUGAAUGAGGCCCAUCGUUCAGCAGUGUGGAGUUCAGUCUAUAUUUUACAACCCGAAAUUAUUGCACUUCUUUUGACCUUUAUAAUAAUUGAAGUCUGAAUAAUAAAUGUGGUGCAAUUAUUUGCACAUUUAGGUGUUACAACUGUUAUUAAACAUUAUGUAAAGUUUGUUACCAAACCUGUGAGGCACCCUAACAGUCGAUAAAAGCUUAUCAGUCCCAGAUGACUGUGUAUAUUUAGGGCCCGGGCAGCUAAGCUGCCAGGACACUAUUGUAAUCCUAGGUCUUCUUCUUCUUCUUCUUCUUCUUCUUCUUCUUCUUCUGAGGAAAUCAUACUUCCCAUGGGUGAAAACUCACCAAACUUUGCACAAAGGUCCAGUCUCAUGCCAGAUAUCCUCAGCUGUAAACUCAAGCCAAUAGUCCUGAUGGUGGCGCUACAGCAAGCAUCUAAAGUUUGAAACUUUGAAAAUUCAUAACAAAUCAACCAUACGUGCUACAACUUCACAACUUUCAUCAAACUGUAGCCCCAAUACUGAAGAAACUUUUGUACAUUUAAACCUAUUAAAAAUUAUGAAGUUCAUCACUUCUUAAACCUAUCUCCUCCCACAAUUUUUGCUCAAUUGACACCAAACUUGCUACAGAGCAUCUUCAGACUGUCCUACACAAACUGUUUCUCAGAUUUUUGAUUUAUCAAAAAUUGAGCCUACAGCGCAUCAAAAUGUUUGACUGUAAACGGUACUGUAAACAUAUACAUGCAAGUUCUUGCUAAAUAAAUCUUAAAUGUUCAUGAAAAAAAUGACAAAAUUCUACAGUCAUGGUAGAUGAUGUGUGGCAAAUUUCAGAAUUUUAUCUCAAAAACUGAAUUUUUGACAGCAUUUUGAAUUUUGCUCUAAUGUGAACAAUUGGAGUCAAUGUAAAAAUGGCAAAUUUAAACAUCAGUUUUUCACUUAUGGAGCAAAUCAAUCAUUGUUAAAAACAAAUUACCAACAUCUCCAUGCUGUCUAGAUGCAAUAUGUGUAUUUUCAGAUUUUUGUCUGAUUUGUCUGAUUUUUUUUACAGUGGUUUCAAAUCUGCCUUUCCAUGCACGGGUGGCUGCUGCCCUACACAACAGUGAAUGGCUUACUAAAUUUGUGAAGCCACUGUUGAGUUGCGACUUGCCAAUUAGCUGAGAGCGGUAGAUGACCGUCUUAGGUUCCAGAGGUUGCGGAUUCAAGCCUCACUUGGUGCAGAAUCCACAUUGUAAUGUAAACAUCUUCUUGUGCUCCAACUUAUUGCUUAAAAUUGCCUGAGAGUGACUGAUCACUGUGCAGCAUCUACAAGUCUUUUUUCUGCUAGAAAAUCUGCCUUCUCAUGCUUGAAAAUAAACCAAACUUUGCGCAAAGAUCCAGUGUCAGUACUUCAGUGUGAAACCAUCUGAGGCUUCUCACUUUGCACAUAGCUCAACUAGUUAAACAUCAGUUUUUCACUUAUGAAGCAAAUCAAUCAUUGUUAAAAUUCCAUGCAUGAAUGGCUGCUAAACCUGCACGUCUGGCUUAGUCAAUUUGUGAAGCUACACAUGAAUUGUCACUGACUAAUUAGCUCAGUGAGAUAGAAAUUGAUUCUUAGCCUCAGCUGAUGCCAAAGGCAGAUUGUGUUGCUAAAUUCCUCAAUGUCUUCCAAUUCUUCUGCUUGUUGCUCAGAAUUGCCUAAAAAUGUCUGGACCUGACCAAUCGCUGCGCAGCAGCUAUAAUCAUGGAAUUGCCUUUUUAAGCCUUUACACUGUUAGAAAUGUCAAGGGUCAUCUAUUAGGGGUUUCCAUUUUUUGAGACUGCUUACAGUCCAUCAGAUAACUUCCCACAGAAUCCAAAGGAGAACUUACCCAUGUUUGUACCUGCAUUUAGAGGUUGACUGAACAUCUCAAAAGACUGUUUUGAGGGUUUUUAUGUUCAAUAAUGUUGUUCACACAUUUGCAGUUUGACUGGAAUGAGUAUUUAUCUGUUGUUAGUGCUCAA